AAUAAACAAGAAAACAUAAUAAAUAUUUUACUACACCACUUGGUUAGAUUAGAUGGAAAACCAUAAGAAGUGAUGUUCAAAAGAUGGUAAUGCAGUAAUAAAAUGGCUGGGGGCUUUGAACCCCACAACGGGUUUAAAAAAAAUCAUUCUUAUGUUUUCCUUAAACAUCAUGUAGUCCCUAACUACAGUAUAACUACUAAAUCAAUCCAGUCAAUGAAUCAACAUUUCAGUUUUUUAGGGAGCAACAUAUUUUGGCUAAAAAGAGGUUAUUACUGAGAACACAAAUCAGAUCAGUAAAAUAAAGUCCUCCCAGCGUGAUGUGUUUUGUGUCAUAAAAAAUGUGGUUCAUUUACGAGACAUCAGCAAAAGACAAGAUGCUAUGUUAGAUAAACUGACCUGAAUAUAAUGUGUGGUGGAGUUCUUGCCAUCUGUCUUCCUGCUACGUGUCCUCUGACUCAAUAUAAAAGCAGAAAACAUUUUAACUUAAGUGUGGUUCACAUAGUAUUACUGCAAUGAACAUCUGUUGGUUUAUAACUAUUCUGCUACUCCUGCAUUCAUGCAGUCCAGGGGAUGGCAUGGAUCAUGGUAUCGUCGGCGGUCAUGCGUCCGUUCCACACAGUCGGCCUUACAUGGUCUACAUUCUUGACUCAAUAACCCACACAGCGUGUGACGGUUUUUUGGUUAGAGAAGAUUUUGUGAUGACAGCCGCCCACUGCAAAAUGAAUUUCAGACGUCCCAAGGUGUAUUUGGGCGUGAGCGACAAAAAGUUUUUACCCCAUGGUAUAGAGGUAGAUUCCUUUCCACAUCCAGGUUUUAAGAACAAGCCCGGGAAUGACAUCAUGCUACUAAAGCUUAAAACUCCAGCAACUUUGAACAAGACUGUGACUAUCAUUGACCUGCCAAAUCCUUGGAAUGACAAAAUUCUAAAGGACUGUUUGGUUAUGGGAUGGGGCUCGAUGAUACAUAAACAUUAUUCUCCAUCGACAGUCCUGAGAGAAUUAAACGUGACUCUGAAAAACCUCACACAUUGUUUUGAACCUGACGUCAUAUGCAACGAAGACCCAUUCGGCCCAGCACAGGGAGACUCUGGAGGUCCUCUUGUCUGUAAAGAUAUCGUAAUGGGUAUCGUAUCUUUUAACAUGGAGAAGACCGAAGGCUACCUUACAGGAUACACACGUGUUUCUCAGCACCUUCUAUGGAUUAAUGAAAUCAUGAAGAAAAACAACAUAUGAAAGGCUAAACCAGAUAAACACAAUAUGUGUAACAUUAUCGCCAUUUAAAAAAAGAAGCUCUUCAUCUGCAAUAUUCAAAUAAGUGGAGAAUUGAUCAUAUUCUUCAAUAUUCAACAAAGGACCAUUUGGUACCGGAAGUACUAAAAUGACACCGUGG